GCUGGAUCAGGUGGGCCUGAAGUCUCAUGGUAAAUCAAAUGCAAGAUCGAGAUCAUGCGCCUCUUCAGCAACAUAUCCCUGCAGCCUGGGAUAUCAAGUGGAUAUCCAUACGCAAUCAAGGCUUCAAUCCGACAGAACCUCCAAUCGUCCCCGACAAGCCUUGUGCAUGGCACAAGGGAAGAUGAAUCAUUAUUUGAUUGUAACGGUGAUCAUUGCAUAAAGACUGGCAGCGCGCACGGUUGCAAGUGAUGCAUCCUGUCUCUGGAUAACCUUGGAAUGUCGAAAGAAAAAGGUCUUUUUGGUCGGAGCAAUCCUGACCGCCCUCAUCGAGGAUGGCUCGUUUGACAUCACCUGCUUCAUCCGCACAUCUUCAGCCGGGAAACCCGCUGUGCAGGAUCUCAGAGAUCGUGGCCUGAAAGUAGUGACGGGGACCUCUCCGGGCCUUUUGAGCACAUCGUCGCUGUUCUCGAGGGCAUCGACAUCGCGAUCAGCUCGAUCUUUGUCCCCAACGCCCUCGAACAAAUACCUCUCAUCGACGCCGCCACUCAAACCGGGGUCAAACGCUUCGUGCCGUGCAACAGGGCUACACCGUGCGCCGAAGGCGGCAUCAUGCAGAUUCGCGACGUCAAGGAGCAAGUACACGACCACAUGUUCCGCCAACGGCUACCCUUCACCAUCAUCGACGUCGGGUACUGGUACGAGUUGAGAUUCCCACGCGUACCGAGCGGCAAGUUUGACUACGCGGCAAUCCUGCCACUCAAUGACGUCUACGCCGGAGGCACGACGCCGAACAUGCUCAUGGCCAAAAGAGACGUGGGACGAAUCACCGUACGCAUGAUCAAGGACGAGCGCACGCUGAAUAAAAGAGUUUAUGCGUAUGGCGAUCUGCUCAGCCAGAAUGAAGUGAAUGCGAUCGUUGAAGAGAAGACGGGCGAGAAAUUGGAACUCGUGCCCGUAAGAUCGAAUACUUCCCUAUGUGAUGACUUCCAGUCGGCUAACUUGAAGGUGCAGAGGUCUGCUGAAGAGGCGCUUGCGAACCUCAAAGCUGCCAAAGCAGCUGCAGAAACUGACCCUGCAAACCCAAUGAACAUGGCCGGAUUGGCAAUUGCCGAGUAUUGUGUCAGUAAAUAUGUACGGGCGGACAAUACCCCCGAGAAUGCAGAGUACCUGGGUUAUAUCAAUGGACGAGAGUUGUAUCCAGAUUUUGCAUGGAUCAAGUUCACCGAUCUCGUAGAUGAACUUAUCGCGGGUUCAGUCAGGAGACCAUGGCCGCAACUGCAGCAGUAGAUAGAUCGUCCAUGCGUAAUGGAUCGGAGCAUCAUCAAAGGACAUGAAACGGCUAACCGAGUCGAAGAGAAGUCCCGACAGGCGGAUCCAUGCCGUGAUCAGUCCCGAGCUGCAUUGUUUCAGCCUCUCCUCGUAUUUGCCAUUGCCUCACCCUCAUCAACAUCCUUAAUCCAGCUCAGAAA